GCGCGAGUCGCGAGAAAAGCUGUCGUUCGCUGCUUGCUUAAAAAUAUCGCGAGAUAACCCGGACCAACUGCAGAGUGGUCGUUGCUGCUAGAGCGCGAGCACCAUGAGGAGCGGCAAUAGGCUUAGCUGAGCCUGGCGUCAGUCGCUGCUGUGGUGUGCUUGCUUCGUGGAGGCUCACACAGCUUCGAUCGAGAGCGCAGGAGCCAGCCCAAUGCCAGCUAUUGAUAGCCGCCACGCAGGCAGUUUCGACGUAAACGUCGCGCCCACGGCUGACGCUGGUUCUCGAGCAAACAGGCCAAGAUUUUUCCCGAGCUUCUUUUGCAAGUAUCAAACGGACGGUGCACAGCGGCAGCAGCGCCAGCCAGGCAAUCACAGAGUCUCGAGCGUCGCGACCUACGGCGUAUCCCGCCAGCCACGCGUGGAGCGCGUCGGGCAUGGCCUGCCGACGGCCCCAGCAGCAGCAGCAGCCGGGAGCAGCGGUGUCAGGCGACUGACCGCGAGUUCAAACAGCUACUUGCAGCGCAGUGCAUCCGCGGACAAUGUGCAGAUAGUGCACCAACGCGGCUUUAAACCCUCCGACAGACACGACCCCGCCAAACGCCACUUUCUCGAGAGCCUUACUUCAAAGAUACUACACUUCGAUAUGCAGGACAGUCCUGGCUCGACCCCCAUCGACCUGCAGAAGCUGCUGACCCCGGCGGUCGACUCAGGCGAGACGCUGCAGCUACGCAACAAAAAAAUGUACGCCUCGUCGUACUUUUAUGCACCGAACCACCCGACCGUCGAGGACCAGGUGGAGCUGGCGCGCCGGAUCUCGAGCUCGUUGAGCGACGUGAGGAACGUGAGGAGCAAGGGCCAGUCGAUGUACGUGAACCGCAAGAAGCGCUCCGUCAAGUGGAUCCACGACGGCAACGGCCAGGAAGACGAGCAGGAGUCAGCGGCGCCGGUCGGCGGCAAGGACCAGCUGCCACUGAGAUGCAUGAUGAAUCCUGGCGGCAAGCUGCUGGACUACCGCGGAGUGCAGGCCCUUGGCGAGGAGCCCAACAUCCCGCAGGUGCCGCCCCACCCCGAGCGCCUCUACGACAUCGUGCGGGACCUCAACAACCAGAAGGGCCGCGGUGCCGAAAUAUUUGCCAAACGGAGAAAAAGAUCGGAAAAGUGGGUGGUCGACGCGGAGCAGCCGCAGUCAGCGAGCAUCUACGGCUACGGCAAGUAUCCCGCGAAUCAGAAGGUCGGCAACGGAGGCGGCGGAGGCGGCGGAGGCGGCAUUGCCAAUGAGCACUUGAAAUUCGACGGCAAGCCCUUCUACAACCCCUACGACCUGUCCAUGGACUACUCCGGUCCGGCUCUGCCUAACUACGCGCGCCAGUGCCCGCGCACGAGCUUCGGCAGCGCGCACUCGGACUGCGCUGCAUGCGCGGGCUGCGCGCCCUGUGGUCCGUGCGGUCCGUUCGGGCCUUACGGGUCCUACCCGCCGUCGGGCUGCGGGCCCUUCGUGGGCUACCCGCCGGCGUACGCCGGCCCUCACCGCCAGCAGGAGGCCAAGCGCGCCAAAAAGAAGCUCUACCCCGCGUUCGAGCCCGCCGACAAGUUCUGUCGGCGCGUCAGCUUCGACGGGGCGUCGCGGGCCACCGCCGCUGCCCUAUACGAGCCCGCGUGCGGUCUCGGCGCGCACGGCCGGCCGGCGGCUCCGCGGAACCCCAAGGUGCACCAGCGCCCCGCCAACGGCUUCUCCUACUUGAACGGGCUGGAGCUGCAGAAGCUGGCGGUGGCCCGCGCGGCUCGGGGGGGCGGCGCACGCCAGAGCGGCGCCUGCCUCGCCGCCAGUGUCCCGGGCGUGGGUUGCGGGCAGAACGGCUGCCCGAAGCCGCCCGAGGGCGCCGAGCGGCCGGCCGAGGACUAUACGCCAGUGCCGGUCAAGCAGCUCAUCCAGGAGUUCGAGAAGACCUGCCGGCCGGUGAUGCAGCUUAAGCACUACUCCUGCAGGCCGGCCGGCCCUGGCGACCUGGCGCGCUACUUCGACCCGCGUCGACAGGUCUGCUGUCGGCGCGCCGACAGCCAGCAGCACGCCGGCAACGGCUACUCGCCCAGUUCCGCCGGCGACGACGAGCUGGACGAGGACGAGGACGAGGACGAGGACGAGGACGAGGACGUGGACGAGGGCGAGGGCGAGGGCGAGGGCGAGGGCGAGGGCGAGCCCGAGGACGAGGACGAGGACGAGGACGAGCACGGGCACGGGCAUGGGCAUGGGCAUGGGCACGGGCACGGGCACGGGCACGGGCUCGGGCAAGGGCAAGGGCACGGACACGGGCACGGGCACGGGCACGGGCACGGGCACGGGCACGGGCACCGGCACCGGCACCGGCACGGACACGAGGCCGAGGCCGAAGCCGAAUCCGAGGGGGAGGAGGACGACGAGCCGCACGGCCUGGGCGAGGAAGACGACGAUGUCUCCCUCGACGACUCGCUCUCGCCCGUGGACUUGUAUCGGCCUGGGCAGGUCAAUAAUAACAACAACAGGUCCUCGUCCAUGAGUACCAUCGACGACUACUAUCGGCGCCAGCUGCAGCAGGCCAAGCCCAAGCUCGCGGAUGGCGAGGUCGGCGCGGUCCUGCAGCCCCAACUCGUCGCGCAGAGGAGGGACCUGAAGCGGACGCCCGUGCUGGAGAACCUCGUGGCCGGCACCACCACCCCGGAGUGCUUCAGGGAGAGCUUUGCCGAGGACAUAGGCAAGUGUCCGUCGCGCCCGACCCGACGGUCCCGCCUCGCCCACCACCCACCACCCAGCGCCCACCGCCCAUCGCCUACCGCUUACCGCUUACCGCUUCUACUAACGCCGAUCGUGCGCCGAUGAGGCAUUGAGUGCCUGUCGCGAUGAGAACGACGUUUGAACUGGUUGAAC